CCCGUGGUUACGAUGCGUCUUUCUACGUCGUGGACGCGCGCCGUGGGUCCAAAAACGCACGCACGCACGGGAUACACUAGCAGCUCCCUCCUUCCAUCCUCGUGAUUCCUCGUCAUUCCCGAACAAGUGUGAGAUCCACGCGGAUCAGAACAUUCUACUGUGUGUGUUUUGGACUCGCGUGGAGGAGUGCGUGUCUCCACCAGCACCAGCACGCACGAAGCAUGUUUUCAUCCCCGCUCUUGUCUCACACGAGACAGGACUGAGGAGACGCUUUGAACUUUUUGUGUGUGGUUUAUUUCGGUUUAAUCUCCGUUCAAGCAGGGAUGUCAUCUUCACGCGUGGAUUACAUCGCGCCGUGGUGGAUUUACUGGCUUCACAGUUUCCCACACGUCAACCUGAGGCUGCAGCCCGUGGACAACAGCUUCAGACCCGACGACGAGAACUACCAGCAGUCUCUGCUUUUUCUGGGCUGCGUGGCGGCGACAGUGCUGGGCGUCAACCUGCUGUGUCUGGCCGUAUACCUGAGCUGCCUGUGCUGCCGCUGCAAGGAUGACGACGGCGGCGGCGAGGAGGACAGCAAGAAGCCGACGUCCUGCUGCGUCACCUGGUCGGCCGUCGUCGCAGGCCUCGUCACUUGCGUGGCCGUAGGCGUGGGUUUCUACGGCAACAGCGAGACCAACGACGGCGUGUACCAGCUGACGUACUCGCUGUACAACGCCAACAACACGCUGGGCGGCGUGGACAGCCUGGUGAGCACCACUAUGGGCAACAUGAAGAGUGGCCUGCACCAGCACCUGGCCCGGCUGGACGAGAUCUUCGCCACGCGCGGCGACUACGUGCAGACGCUGCAGUUCAUGCAGCAGAUGGCCGACAACGUCAUCAAGCAGCUGGUGGGCCUGCCGGACUGGGCCCAGGCCGACAUGGACCUGGCGUCCGUGGCCAAGAUGGCGGCCAGCGUGGAGUACUACAGGUGGCUGGCCUACCUGCUGCUCCUCAUCCUUGACCUCAUCAUCUGCCUACUGGCUUGUCUGGGACUCGCCAAGCAGUCUCGCUGGCUGCUCACCACGAUGAUGCUGUGUGGGGUGCUGACGUUGAUACUCAGCUGGGCAUCGCUAGGAGCUGAACUGGCCGCCGCUGUGGGCACCAGCGACUUCUGCGUGGCGCCUGACAAGUUCAUCAUGAGUCAAAUCAAAGGUGUCAUCGGCACAGAUAUCGUUCAAUACUACGUUUACUGCAACCAAACGCUGACCAACCCUUACCAGCAGCCUCUGACGCUUUUCCAGAGAUCUCUGACCACCAUGCAGAUACAGAUCCAGGGUUUGCUGCAGUUCGCCGUGCCGCUAUUCCCUACAGCGGAGAGAGACCUGGUGGGCAUCCAGCGUGUUCUCAACUCGUCUGAGGCCAGUCUGCACCAGUUGACAGCACUGUUAGACUGCAGGGGGCUCAACAAGGACUACCUGGAUGCUAUGGUGGGCGUGUGUUACGACGGCGUGGAGGGCGUGCUCUACCUGUGCCUCUUCUCCGUUCUGGCGGCUUGUGCCUUCACUAUCAUGCUCUGCGCCAUCCCUAGAGCGUGGAGACAGAUAGCCAGCAGCGAGCAGGACUACGACGACAUAGACGAGGAGGAUCCCUUCAACCCUCGGCGCAACCGAAUGGGGUCGCAGAACCAGAACCACACCACUGUGCACAGCUUCUGCAGCUACAGCAGCAGCAUGGGCAGCCAGAACAGCCUGCAGCCCCCCGCACCUCCACUCUCCAACGCCCCCAUGGGCGACUAUAUGAACCAGGCGGCUCUGUUCGGAGGGAAUCCUCGCUACGAGAACGUCCCUCUGAUUGGACGAGGCUCGCCGCCACCGUCGAUAUACUCUCAGCCGUAUAGAAGCCGAUACUCCCCCAGCAUGAGGGCCACCUACCUGUCCAUGACCGAGGAGCAGCGUCAACAUUUCGGCAACGACUUUCAAGUGUAAUCUUUUGGAAAUUUUCUUCAGGGACACACCACUGUUGUUGUGUGUUACGGACAUGAAGGUGAGCUGGGGACACGUUUGGCUUAUGAGACGUUACCCCUGGAGUUUGAAACGUGAGAAAAGACUUUCUUAAAAGUUCUAAAGAAACAAGUGUGCACAUUUCUGUCCUUGGUGGCACCUUUACCGAAGCCAAGAAAGCUAAAAAAAUAUAUUUAAGAACAAGCAAGGAGAACAAAAAAGUACAUUUUUGACAAGAUUUUUCUGUUUUAUACUCCACUGCUGUUAUUAUAGAGCAAGGGUGUCAAACUCAUUUUUGUCGUGGGCCACAUUGUAGUUAUGGCUUCCCUCGGAGGGCCAUUAUGACUGUGAACCCAUGUAAAAUAGUCUAAUUUAAUGACAUACACAACAAAUUGAUGGAUAACUAGUUUUGAAAUCAGAAGCCAAUAAAAAAAUGUCAACUAUUAUUACAUUUAUUUAGAAAACAUAAAUGCUUGCAAUAUCUCAACAUUAUACAAAUAAAGACACCAAUUUUGGUAUUUUCAGAAGAAACAUGAAGUCGACACAUGAUUUGCUUUCGCGAGCCACAAAAAAUGAUGUUGCAGGCUGGAUCUGGCCCCCGGGCCGCCAGUUUGACACCUGUGUUAUAGAAUAUGCGUGGAAAAUGAUGGCACUGUGGUAAAAUGUUUUUUUUUUUUUUUUUGGCUCACUUUUCUGUGCGCAAAUCUCCAGGUACGACAUUGAAACACCUGUAAAUAAUUUGUACAACUUAUUUUUUGUAAUUAUUGUUUGUGCCAUUUUUAAAUAUAUUUUUUGGGUUUGUUUUUCUACUCACUGAAGAACCAUUAAUAUACAUUUUUCUGUGCAUAUCAACUAAUUGAAAACUGCCCUUAAGCCUGACACCAGAAGCUGUUGUGCUGCUGCUUUUAACCACCACAUUCAGGUAAACAGCUUCCUUUGAGCGUUGGCUAAUAAUAAUUAAUAUAAAAAAUAAUAAUGAUAAUAAUUCAUGCAGUUUUUAACUUUUGUUUCAGCAUGUCACACUGUGUACAGGCGCUGAGAGUGAUGCCUAAUUCUUUGUGGGGCCAAAAAGCUUUUGUGACCCUGUGUGUGUUGAAUAAAUACGUUUUUAG